UUGGGUACACAUCAUAUCACUAGUUCAAAAUGAUUGUUUUCAUCAUAGCAUUGUGUGGUUGUUCGGUAUUGGCCUUCCCUAGAUUUCAGAAUGAAAUUCCUAGCGGUGGAGAAGUGCCACACCCAUGCAAGGUGAACUAUAUCUGGAGGGGUGUCGGGCAUCUUAACCCCCUCGGAGGAGGUGACAGAAACCCUUUCGGUGUGGACUUCAAUGAAGCUGGUAAUAUCUGGACUACAUCCUUGUGUAGGAAGGAUUCUGACGGGGACGGUAAGACUAAUGGGGAAGAGCUGGGAGACCCGGAUUGUGUGUGGAGCAAAGGAACCACCCCUGCCGUCACAGUCGGUAUCAGCCAUCCCGGGGUCUGUACCCCCUUCUCCGAUCCUGCUUGUCAGGCUGCUAACUCAUGGGUGGAUUGUGAUAUUGAAAAACUUCAAUGUGACGCUUUAAAUGAAGACGGAAUGCAGAACAUAACUGUGCGUUUUCCAGAGACGGAGGUGCCCUCGACUGCGACCAAUUAUUAUUGCAUGCUCUUUGAACUUCCAAGUGAUGACGACUACCAUAUGGUAGCUACCGUUCCAUUUAUUGACAAUGAGGAGGUGAUGCAUCACAUGAUCCUGUUUGGAUGUGAUGAAACAAAUAAAGAGAUAACUGACACUCCGAUGAACAUUCCUGAACCCUGUGGAAUGGGACCCCACCGACAAUGUUUGACAAUGAUUGGAAUAUGGGCGGUAGGAUUUAGUGGAGAGUGUGUCCAUAAAGACAUUGGCUUCCGAAUGGGACAAAAAGGCUAUAGAAAGGCUGCAAUGCAGGUUCACUGGAACAACCCCCUCCUCCGCUCGGACUUUACGGACAGUUCCGGAAUGACCAUCUAUUACACAUCUAAUCGUCGUGUGCACGAUGCCACCAUAAUGAUGAUUGGUCAGAACUACUUAGCAAUCCCGCCAGGAGAGGCUUCAUACACAGUCGAGUCCACAUGCACCCAGUAUUGUACAUCCCGAUUGCUGUCUGAUACCGUCUAUAUAACGAGAGCGCUCAACCACAUGCACUACCUGGGUCGUCAGCAAAGAAUUGAGCAAUACAGGGGUGGCGUCAAAUUACGAGAUUUGACGUACGACAAGCUGUACAGCUAUGAUAGCCCGGUUCUUCAUGAAUUCGAGAAUCCCAUUGAACUACGACCAGGGGAUGAACUGAAGACCACAUGUACUUACAGAUCAAUCGGCAAGGACAGAACAACAUUAAAGGGAGAUGGUACUUCGGAUGAAAUGUGUUACGGCUUCCUCACCUUUCACCCGGCUGAAAACAUUCAGUUUCCCUACUGUACUGCUUGGAAGGGAUUAGACAUCUGCAAAUUUCACUACGGACAAGAAGUCGAUGGUUGCACUUUUAGAAUAUUCGAAAAUGAAACGCAUCCGGAUACGAUCCGUUUAGCUAUCGACGUUUUUGAACGUUGUAAGGCCUUUGGACCUUGUCUAGGAGAAUGCAAAGAGCUCAUUAACGAUAACAAAUGCCUCCACGGUGACAUUGCGGAUUUUUACAAACAAUAUGCAAACGAAUCGAGAGAACACAUGGAGUUUUGGGCAGCUGUGGAUUCUUGUAAAACAGAAAUUGCACUGGAGGCGUUUCAGCACGACUUGUCAAAUUGUAGAAACUCCACUAGCGUUUCAAAGAUCAACGCGGGUGUUGAUGAAAUAGCGGCGUCCUUGUCAGUCACAUGCUUCUCUCUCCUUGUUAGUCUGUCGAUGAGACCUUGAGGACUGUCGCCAUUAUACAAGUUACAGUAUAACCAGCUGCUUAUUUAAUGUAUUAAUAGGUUAUCGAUACAUAACUCCAUUGACAUUACAUUACAUUGACAUUUACACUAGGUUUCCAUAUUUCCUUGAUUUUCCUCAAAAUAUGAUGGUACCUAUGUCAUCUAGAAGUGAACUUUGAUGAAAACUGAUGUCUCAGCUCCUUUUGAAUUGAUAUGUAUCGCUAAUGUAUUGCAAUUUAAUGAAUAAACACUUCAGAAAUAA